UGGCCAACGCAAAGAGAAAGGGAGGCAGCGCCGGCUCUCGCAAGAAGAAAGGAAAGAAGGGAGCCACUGCCAAUGUCACGGCGAUGACCAUGAAGCUGCUGGUGGACACCACGGCCCAGCGCGUGGUCUACGCGGAGGCCGGCAAGGACGUCGUCGACUUCCUCUUCUCCCUCCUCACCUUGCCGCUCGGCACGGUCGCCGGCCUCCUCAACCCAGGCUCCAUGGUCGGCAGCGUCGGCAACCUGCAGGCCAGCGUCAACAAGCUCGACGACUCUUACAUGUGCCGCGAUGAUGCCAAGGCCGCUCUGUGCACGCUGGCCGGUCGUAAGCUUCUCCAGCUGGCGCCGGCGAAGUCCGGUGACAGCGGCGUGGCGUCUCGUGCUGCCCAAGCUGGAUUUGUGCAGGGGGUCGUGACGUACACGGUGAGGGACGAUCUCAAGGUCGCGCCCGUGUCAGCCAUAUCCGGGAUCACGCUCCUCAAAUCCUUGGGCAUCAAGGACAUCGGCUCGCUCCAGGAGAAGACGGUGCAGCUUGGCCACGCCGAGGGCUUGGGGAUACUGAGGGCGUCGCUGCGAUCCAAGACGGUGCUCACCGACGUCUUCCUCGGGAAGAAGAAGCGGAAGGCUGAGGAGGCGUCCCGCCAUGAAGCGGUCUCUCGAGUUGUCAGGAGGCGCCGUGCUUGGGCUUGUUCGUGGCGCCCAUGGUACGUGAGCGCCGGGCCAUGCUCGGCUUGUGGCUCUCGUCGUGCCAGCUGCACGGCCCGCCAACUUGCUGCUGGCCAGCGCAAACAAGGCUGCGUUUAGAAUUGAUUGAUCCACUAGCUUGUCGUGAUCAUAUUGACUCGUUGUUGUGAGGAUUCUUGCGGAGUUGUCGUGUUGCCGCGUGAAGUUUGUAUUCCUAUUAAAAUUCAUGUUAGCUUCGGAUGAAGAAAUGAUAUAUCACUUCACUCA